AUUUUGUGAGGUGGGAGUGGAGGGGAACUAGGCUCGCAGGAUGCGGGCGGGGCGAGUGCAUAUGAACUAAUGUAGCCUGAUCAUCAAACAUCGACCACGAACUCAGCUACCCACUAAUAACCUCAGGUCCUUUGAGGGUAUAUCAUGGCUGCAACCUCCCAGGUGUCCAGGGUCAUCCGUGGCAGGAGGUUUGGUCAGAUACUGGUGCCAGCCAUGACAUGCCAAAACUCCAGCCGUCCUCCUGGUCCAUGCAUCAAUGCAACUCAGCCACACAGCUUUGAACAAAGAUGGCAGCACCAGGUUCGGGGAUACAGGACCUCACCUGUAUGGCACACCCAUUACUUGACCCCACCUCAGGUUAACAGUAUUCUAAAAGCUAACGAAUACAGCUUCAAAGUUCCUGAGUUUGAUGGUAAGAACCUCAGUUCGGUCAUGGGCUUUGACAGCAACCAGCUACCGGCAAAUGCACCCAUUGAGGAUCGCCGAAGUGCAGCAACAUGCUUGCAGACACGUGGCAUGCUUUAUGGCGUAUUUGAUGGCCAUGCAGGCUGCGCAUGUGCUCAGGCACUCACCGAACGCCUCUUCUAUUACAUUGCUAUCUCAUUACUGCCACAUGAGACGUUGAUGGAGCUGGAGGAUGCGGUGGAGAACGGAAGACCUCUUCAACCGAUAUUGCAGUGGCACAAGCAUCCCAAUGACUACUUCAGCAAGGAAGCUUCACAGCUCUACUUCUCCAGUUUGCGCACAUACUGGCAGGAACUGCUGGAUCUGAGCGUUCCUGGGGAGCAACCGGAUGUUGCUGAAGCUCUUGUGAGUGCCUUUAAACGGUUGGACAAUGACAUAUCCCUUGAAGCGCAGGUUGGCGACCCGAAUGCGUUCUUGCACUACUUGGUGCUCCGUGUUGCAUUCUCAGGUGCUACUGCAUGUGUCGCCCACAUUGAUGGGAAUGAGCUGCAUAUUGCCAACACUGGAGAUUGUCGUGCAGUCCUGGGAGUACAAGAACCUGAUGGUUCUUUUUCUGCCCUCACGCUCACCAAUGACCACAAUGCGCAGAAUGAAUCUGAGAUGAAGCGUGUGCUGUCUGAGCAUCCACUUUCUGAGGCCAAGAGUGUGGUGAAGCAGGAUCGACUGUUGGGGUUACUCAUGCCAUUUCGCGCCUUUGGAGAUGUUAAGUUCAAGUGGAGCAUUGAACUACAGCACCGUGUUCUCGAGUCCGGACCGGACCAGCUCCAUGAGAAUGAGCACGCCAAGUUCAUCCCACCCAACUAUCACACACCACCCUACCUUACGGCAGAACCAGAGGUGACGCGACACCACCUUCGUCCACAGGAUCGUUUCCUGGUGCUGGGUUCGGACGGGCUGUGGGAAACACUACACAGGCAGGAGGUGGUGAGGAUUGUGGGCGAACAUCUCACUGGAGUGCACCAGCAGCAACCAGUCAGUGUUGGUGGCUAUAAAGUGACCCUGGGUCAGAUGCAGGGAUUGUUGCAGGAGAGGAAGGCUCGCAUCUCCUCCACUUUCGAAGACCAGAAUGCGGCUACGCACCUGAUUCGGCACGCGGUGGGGAAUAAUGAGUUUGGAAUGGUGGACCAUGAGAGGUUAUCGAAGAUGUUAAGCUUGCCAGAGGAGUUAGCCCGCAUGUAUAGGGAUGAUAUCACAAUCAUUAUAGUGCAGUUUAACCCACACGUCAUUGGCGGACAGUAGAAGCAGGCACACUCUUUCUUUCACAUGUUCCGUUACAUACAUCUCCUCACACUGCAUUAUCAGUAAUAUCAGCACAGCAAAAUGUUACCUAUCUCUAACACAGGAAUGUAUUACCCUUGAGUGUGUUUUUGUGUUCAUUUUUAUUUUCACAUAUUCAUGGCAGCUGACUUGGAAAGGAAUUCUGAUAUUCAGUAGAUGAGCGGUGUUUAUUCCCAGUGUUAUAUGUGGAAUUGAGCCAAACAGAAAAAUAAUAUGCUAAGCUCACUGCAGACCUACUAUCACAAUUAAACCAUCAAAAUGCAACACAAAACCAUAAAUCAAGACUGGAAAUGUACUAAUGUAGGUUAAGCAGAUUUUGCAAUUAGGAGUUUAUAUAGGAAAGUCCUAAUUAGGAUUUUCACUUCACUUUUCACUUUAUAUAGUGCUUGUGUUGUUCCAAAAUUUGCUUUUAUGUUAUAUGCUUUUAAUUUUUGAAUUAAUGAAAAAGGAAAGUAAAGCAAAGGUCAUUUUUAAAUGUUGAGUGAGUGAGAAAGAAUGAGAAUAGAAAGCAAAAUAGGUUCAGAUAUGUUCUUUUACAUUGGAGUGCUCUUUAACUGGAAUAUGUCAAAUGAGAAGUUAUGUUAAAGGGACAGUACACUCAAAAAUUUAAUUUCUGUCGUUCACUCACCUUCAUGUAAUUCCAAGCCUGUACGACUGUGUACGUUCGAAAACAAGAUAUUUGAAAAUGUAAAAGUCAGUGGGGCCCUGUCUUAUUUUGGACCCCACUGGCUUUCAUUACAUGGAAACAAACUGUUACUUAUAAUGCCUUUUUGUGUCCUGCAAGUUUCAGAAUAACAUAAAGGUGAGUAACUGAUGACAGGAUUUUUAUUUUUACGUUAAUUAUAUCCCUUUAAUGUUUUAUUUAGGUUCUAAUGAACCAAAAAAAAAAGUUGCUAAUGUGUUUUUCAGAGUUUAUAUUCUACUUUAGUACCAUUUGUAUUCCAUCUGUAUUUGACUGGUAAGUUCUUCUUUUCGUACAGCAUGCCUUAGUAGAUACAGUUUUUCAUGAAGCAUGUCUUGGAGUUCAUGGGUCAUCAAAACGUGGUUUGCACAACCAAAUUAUCUUCUCACUGUAAAAGUCCUGAUAAAGAGGUCUGUGUUAUUUUUGUUUUAACCUGUAUGUGGAGCCAGAAGUUGAGCAUUUGUAACACUGGACCACAAAACCAGUCUCAAGUCGCUGGGGCGUAUUUUUAGCAAUAGCCAAAAAAAAAAAGUGUAUGGGUCAAAAAGUAAAGAUCAUGUUCCAUGAAGAUAUUUUGUAAAUUUCCUACUGUAAAUAUAUCAAAGCCUAAUAUUGAUUAGUAAUAUGCAUUGCUAAGAAUUCAUUUGGACAACUUUUUCUCAGUAUUUUGAUUUUUUUGCACCCUCAGAUUCCAGAUUUUCAAAUAGUUGUAUCUCAGACAAAUAUUGUUUUGGUUUUCUGAUGUGUGCUGAAUUUCUCGGAGCGGUGUUUAAUGACACAACAAACCAGAUAUGCUUACACUUCUUAUAAGAUGCAAACAUACCUAUAUGAUACCACUACAGUGGGGAAAUAUGAACAUAUAUUUUUCAUAUGAGCAUUUUUUGUAAUUAAUUUAGUAGUGAGUAUUUUUCCAGGUGUCACAACAUUUUUCAAGUGAUUACCGGCCACAAGGUAAAGAUUAGAAUUUGAGUUCAAGGUCUUUUUUUUUUUUGGUCCGAGGGUUAUAGAACAAGUUUAAAAACAACUCUGUGAUUGUGCUUUCUUGCCUGUACAUUAUGUUUCUCAACUCUUGCACAAGAACACAGCUGAUUACCACAUGAAAUGUUUCGAAUGAUAGUAAAUCAGCAAACAGUGUUAUUAAUGUAAAACUGUAAAAACGUAUAUGCUUGAUGAAGUGUAAAUACUGACUGCUUUAUACUUGAAGUAAAUGUAUGCUGCAGCUCGUUACAUUUGAAAUGUUUAGUAUAUUUAACUAUAUUACUAUGUGCUGGUGCAUGGGCAUGACUUCUUCAAAUACUCUCGCCUUUUGUAUUUUAAAUGUUUUAAUAAAAAUGUAACCAAGUAA